AUGCUUAGUAGAAGGCUGACUCAAUGGUCUAAAGAAGACAUUGGCGAUGUCUUUGAUCAAGUCCAGUAUUGGAAAAAUAAAAUGCAAGACCUUGAGAAAAGUGAUCUAAAUAACAGUAAUGAUCACUCUAGGAUUGAAUUGAAUAAAGGCCAAGUUGAAUACAUUAGAUGGAUGGGGAUGCAGGAUGCCAUUCUCAGGCAGAAAGCUAAGGUGAAUUGGUUUGAAGAAGGUGGCGCUAAUACUAAAUAUUUCCAUAGCACCAUUAGAGAUAGAAGGAGAAGAUUACAAAUUCACAGAAUUAAAGACCACAGAGGUCAAUGGAUUAAAGGAGAUUCUAACAUUGGCAAAGCAGCUGUUCACCACUUUCAACAGUUCUUUAAUAUCAAACACCACUUCAAGGAUCAAGAUAUCAUCAAUUGUAUCCCUCAAUGUAUUAAUGAUGAUGAUAAUGAAACCCUUACUGCCAUUCCUGAUAUUGAAGAGAUUAGAGAUGUUGUAUUCAACAUAAGUCCUACUAGUGCAGCUGGGCCGGAUGGCUAUAAUGGGAAAUUCUUUCAAACAUGCUGGGACAUCAUUAAGGACUGA